CCUGUGCCAACCAUUAGUGAAGAUUCUCAUUAAAUUCUACCUUACCUAUGGCGCCCUCCUUCCCCUAAACUGAUUGGGGCUGCCUACACAACACUCAACAGCUGUUGCUGCUCCAGUUACUCCUUCCUUCCCUUGUGACGUCCUGCCUAUUAGAAGCAUUUUCAAAUCAACACUAGAGAGAGAAACAGGAAAGAAAGGCUCCUACAUUCCUUCCAGCUUUCAAUCAUGUCUCCAGAGCAAUUGGGCUGGAAAGUUGCUCACUGGUGAGCUCCGCUAUGAAUAGAAGCAAUGAAUAAAUUACUGCAGCUGACAAAUUAGGGCUUCUCCAGCAAGAGGGAAGGAGGGUUCACAGAGAAAGCAGUGCAGUGAAAAUCCAUUCCCCAACCCUGUGCCCAGGAGAAAAAGAUCCAACCUGCACAGGCUGCCUCUGGACACAUCGCCAUCCAGAAGAUUCCAGUUUUGGUCUUCUAGGAGAUACUAUCAUACUCUGCAAGCACAGGACCAGGCUUUGUCAGAUGGGGAAGGGAUUUUCUUGAAUCAUGAUGGCUAAAGGGCCUUCUGAGUUUUAUUGCUUGGAGAACUCCGCCAGGAAUGGAUCAUCAAGUAGCAUGUAAACCCUUUGAAAAGUGCAAAGACAAUAUCCACCUUCUGAAGCAGCAGUCUAAGGGCUAACGGCUUUUGAACUAGCUUCCUUCUUCACUUUGCCAACCACAUCAGGAAGAAGGGAUGGCUAAGCUCAUAGUGACAAUGAACACCACCAGAGGAGCCUAUGGGAGCCCCAAAUCCUGGAACCCAGAGCACACCGAGAAUGCCUCCCUGCCCAACUUUACACUGCCUUUCACGUUUCACCAACGGGCCACUGACCAAGCGCUGAAUGGAAUCCUCAUUGCUGUCCUGGGCAUUGUCAUGGUGUCACUGGGGUGCACCAUGCAGCUCUCCAAGAUCAAGACUCACUUCUGGAAACCUAAAGGGGUGGCCAUUGCUGUGGUAGCUCAGUAUGGCAUAAUGCCUCUGACAGCGUUUGCCCUGGGAAAGCUUUUCCAUUUGGGCCCUAUUGAGUCUCUGGCUGUGCUCAUCUGUGGCUGCUGUCCAGGUGGAAACCUCUCAAACAUUUUUAGUCUGGCAGCAAAAGGAGAUAUGAACCUGAGCAUUGUGAUGACCACAUGCUCAACGCUCCUGGCACUUGGGCUGAUGCCUCUUCUCCUGUAUCUUUACUCAAGAGGGCUGUACCAGGGCAACCUAGAGGGCAAAGUGCCUUACAAGGGAAUAGUCAUCUCUUUGGCCAUGAUGCUCAUUCCCUGCACCAUUGGCAUCUUCCUGAAUGAGAAGAAGCCACAGUAUGCUCGCCUCAUCAUCAAGGCAGGGAUGAUUGUGCUGCUUGUAUCAUCUGUUCCAAUAAUCGCUCUGUUUGUGACAAGUGUUGGAAACAGUAUUUUGAUCAUCUUCUCGCCACCCCUACUGGGAACAUCUGCCUUGAUGCCUUUUAUUGGUUUCCUGCUUGGCUACAUGCUAUCUUCAUUUUUCAAGCUCAAUGACAGGUGCAGGCGGACAGUCUGCAUGGAGACUGGUUGCCAGAAUGUGCAGCUCUGCUCUACCAUCCUCAAAGUGGCCUUUGCCCCUGAUGUCAUUGGACCCCUUUUCUUCUUCCCUUUCCUGUACAUGGUAUUUCAGCUUGGAGAGGGCUUUCUCCUGAUACUGGCCUUCAGGGUUCAUGAAAAACUAAAGAAACCAAACGAUACAGCAAAGAUGAUCUACACAGCUGUGGAUGAUCUUGCACAAGAAACAAAGCCACCCAGGCCCCUAAGAAACACCAGCAAAAUAGGGGGAUACUACAGAAGCUCCACACCUCAGAUACACCCACCAAUGGUCCAGGUUAUAUCUUCUGCACCUGGUUUGCUGAACUCCAGCAGUUUUGCAUGAAAUGUUGAUUUUAAAACAAAGGAGUGAGCAGAUCUUCUCACAGGCCCACUUCUACCCCCACUGGACGUUCUCCAGAAAGGGCACCAAGCACCACAGGCUAUAGUUUGAGACUCAUUGGACUAACCAAUUUUUGGUCAUCUACAAAACAUUCAUAUUUUGGCUGAUGAUGAAAUGGUGCAGUCCAUCCCAGUGAGCUCUCUCCCAGUUUCCCACGAGCUCUGUGCCAGACACCUUGGAACUAACAGCAUGACAGCUUAUUAUUGAUUGCUACCAUUAAUGAAGCCAGACCCAUUCUUUUGAGUUGUUUUUCUGGGCACAUAGUUUUGCUGGCAAGUGUUAGAGGGGGAGGCAAAAGCCUUUCAGAAGUUCAAGCUAAUUUCUCUCAUUAGAAUCUAAAAGGUAUCCUGGAAUUUUCUCAUAACAGGAUUGACAAAUGAAAAGUGACCACAUGUACAGUUUAGGAGUCCUUUACUAUCAAUCACAGGCACUCCCCUUUACCCCAGCAGUUUUGUACAUCUAAAGUCCCCAAACCAUAGGCCUUAAAGCCCCAAAACAUGACCUGCAGCCAACCUUAGCUUGUCUAUAAUUUAACAUGGGGAGGUUUCUAAGAUACUUAUAAGGCUGACCCUAGUGUCUGACUGCCUCAUACACUUAAGAGCUAUUAUCCACAUCUUAUAAAUGGAGAACCGAGGCACACAGAGGCUCUGACUUGCCCAAAAUCACAGAGUAAGAAACUGAACCUGGGUCUGCCUCAUCCCAAGCUAGUACCCUAACCGCUGGACUGGUCUGCCCAAGGACAAGACCACCUGUCCUGAAGCGCCGUGCUUUAUAGAAACACUCCCAACAUCUGAAGGAAUAAUACUGAACACUCUGAAAGCAUCAUAUAAGCAUUAACUAAGCCACAAGGCCAGUCAGUAACAAAGCAGCAUUAGAACUCAGAAGCUCCAGGCUCCCAGUUCUGUGCUCACACCAGUGGUUCACCGUACCUCAGAGUAAAAUAAUUUAAGAACAUUGAGCAUAUUAAAAAACCACUAUUCAAUAAAGCCACAAACUUUUGACUUACAAUUGCUGUAGUUUUGCUACAUUAUGUAAAUUAGAUGUAGGCCUUAGGCUCCUGGCAAGAGGCCAAGUCAUUGGUGAUGCAAAGAUGAGAACUCUUUUUGCACACUUAGUGCGAUUCAGACCCCAUUGAAGUGAAUCAGAGCCUUUCCACUGAUUUCCAUUAUGCUGGUACCCAUCAUGGUCGUAAAGCUCUUUAGAAACAAGUAUCUUUAGCCACUGACCAUUUAUUCAAUGGCUGUCUCACCUGCAUUCCAAAGACCUUUAUCCCUUACACUGCUGGAUAAAGCUUUCCAAAAUGCAGCAAUUGCAUAUGGGUAAUGUUCCUUUAAUAGCUAGAAUAUCCUCAGAUGCAGAGUUUAAAGAUUUCACUGUAAGUCUGCCAACCCCCACCGUUCAAAACCCCUCCCACAAAGCGUGGGAUUGCCUUAAAAUAUGGUCGUUUUUCAAACCUGUUUUUCAGCAGCACCAUCCCCUCUACAUUGUCCCGGCCUCUACUUAGCUCCUACAUGACGUCUCAUGGUGGGCCACCAUCUUCCUUGAGGGCAGACUGAUUUCAGCCCCUUGGAAAGUGUUUCCUGUCUUCACUGGUAGCAGCCUGACUGUGACCAGCUGGGUCUUUAGCACCACUCACAUUAGCAGCGGCCAUAUUAGUGAAGAAAUAAGCUUCAUAGAAGCAAAAACAGAAUCAGUCAGGAAAACCUUUAUAAAACACUACAUAUACUUUAGGAGCAGAGGCAUAAUGAGGCCUGACAGAAGCCUGCUGUGGAUUUUAAGAGUCUGUUCUGUUAACAUAACAGUGUAAGCAUAAGUAGAACUAUGUAUGUGUAAGUGUAAAAAAUUGCAGUGUAAUCAUGUUUGCAAGACCAAGAAAAAAGUGACUAAAAAGCUAGAAGGCCAGUUUGAACUAACACUAAACCUGUACCGAGAGGAAGAAAGUUAACAUGGAAAUGAGAAACUAAUACAUAUGCAUAAGAGGUAACAAGCUUAUGUAACAAAAGGCAGUUUAAAGCUGUAUAGUCUAGUGCUGGAAGCAACCGAUCAGGUCAUCUGACUGAGCUUCUCAUUUGUAAUUGACUGCUACUUGCUGAGCGUUUGCCUUAAUAAAGAUUAGACUUACCUGCCAAGUGACUCCAAAGCCAACAAUAUAUUGCAAGACUUGAAAUAACAUUGUGAAUUGGUAAUACUAUCCUUGGAAGAAGAUGCACAUGCCCACCACUUGUACCCCAAACACAAAGCCAACCAAAAUUGAUAAUUUAAAGGGACAGGGCAUUUUCAGUGCCAAAUAUCCAACUCCUUGCAACAAGAACGAAGCGUACUUAAGGUAUCACUUGUUUUAAAGCAUAAGGCAAGUCCUGCUUUUGCACAGACCAGAAUCUUAACUGCAACAAAUCUGUAACCACCAAGAACGGUCACUGACCUGUGGACACAUAAAAUAGCAAUGGUAGCAAUGACAGAACUCUGAUCCAGAACCUACAACUGGAACUGGUUAGCAGUACAUAGCCUCUAUUACAUGCAAUUGAGCAGUUAGGACAAGUUGCAUACAACCAUUUACCAGAACAUUAUUUCCCCAGAACGUCCUAUAUUGUUAUGACUGCACCCCAAGAGAUGAUCCAUAACUACCUGCCAUUAUUUCUAGUAUUGGGCACUCUGAUAAUUGUUAGAAAACAAAAAUUCACAAAUCACUUGAGUUUAAAGCAGACUUCAGCCUACUUGGCAAGUUGUCAAGUUACUACAGCUUUCUAGGCCAUGCCAAAGUGCUCUGCUACUGCUGAGACCCUAACCCACAAUGAAAUAUUACCCAGAGAUUUCAUGUCAGCUAACAAUCUCAGGUUUUAUGAAAUCUACAGUGCUCUGGAAAAGGCUCCCAGUUUCUUAUCAAUACCACUCACGUCCUCAGUGAGCUCCACCUCCCUAUCCUAAAACAAGGCCCCCGACUACCUCAAGAACCACUCUUGCUU